GCGGGCCAGGGCGGGAAGUAGGCGGAGCGUAGGUACUGCUCCACCCAGUCCUUCUGGCUCUUAGCCUGCGGGGUUGGGGCUGGCGCAGCUCUAGUUCCUUUCCUCCUCUGCCGCCUGCGCUGCCUCCGCCGCCUCCGCCCGCCUCCGCCUCAGUCUCCCACGCCUCCGAAUAGGCCGCGGUUACCGGUUUGCGAUUCCCGGGCUUAAACUCUACAGCUCCAGUGUCCCGGUGUCGGUGCUCCUGCGAGAUGACGCUCAAGUCGAGCGAAGGCGAGGGUGGGAAUAGCAUGCGCACCGCGCUCUCGGACCUCUACCUGGAACACUUGCUACAGAAGCGCAACCGACCUGAGGCUGCAUUGAAUCAGUUGAAUGUUGCCACUGAGGACAUGUACACCAAUGGGUCUACUGUUCCAGGUAGCCCUGUCCAUUCUAAAGGGCAAGAGGCAAGGAAAGUACGUCUCAUACAGUUUGAGAAGAUCACAGAGGAGCCCAUGGGAAUUACUUUGAAGCUGAAUGAAAAACAGUCAUGUACUGUGGCCAGAAUUCUCCAUGGUGGCAUGAUUCAUAGACAAGGCUCUCUUCACGUGGGGGAUGAGAUCCUAGAAAUCAAUGGUACAAAUGUGACUAAUCAUUCAGUAGACCAGCUGCAGAAGGCAAUGAAGGAAACUAAAGGAAUGAUCUCAUUAAAAGUAAUUCCUAAUCAGCAGAGUCGUCUUCCUGCACUACAGAUGUUCAUGAGAGCACAGUUCGACUAUGAUCCCAAAAAGGACAAUCUUAUCCCUUGUAAGGAGGCAGGACUGAAGUUUAUUACUGGAGACAUUAUCCAGAUUAUCAACAAAGAUGACAGCAACUGGUGGCAGGGGCGGGUGGAAGGCUCUUCCAAGGAGUCUGCAGGAUUGAUCCCUUCUCCUGAGCUGCAGGAAUGGAGAGUGGCAAGUGUGGCUCAAUCUGCUCCAAAUGAAGCUCCAAGCUGCAGUCCCUUUGGGAAGAAGAAGAAGUAUAAAGACAAGUAUCUGGCUAAGCACAGUUCAAUUUUUGACCAGUUGGAUGUUGUUUCCUAUGAGGAAGUUGUCCGACUCCCUGCAUUCAAGAGGAAGACCCUGGUGCUGAUCGGAGCCAGUGGGGUAGGUCGCAGCCAUAUUAAGAAUGCUCUGCUCAGCCAGAAUCCAGAGAAGUUUGUAUACCCUGUCCCAUAUACAACACGGCCACCAAGGAAGAAUGAAGAAGAUGGAAAGGAAUAUCACUUCAUCUCAACAGAGGAAAUGACAAGGAACAUCUCUGCCAAUGAGUUCUUGGAGUUUGGCAGCUAUCAGGGCAACAUGUUUGGCACUAAAUUCGAAACAGUGCACCAGAUUCAUAAGCAGGACAAGAUUGCCAUCCUUGACAUUGAGCCCCAGACCCUGAAGAUUGUUCGGACAGCUGAGCUUUCACCUUUCAUUGUGUUCAUCGAACCUACUGAUCAGGGCACUCAGACUGAAGCCCUGCAGCAGCUGCAGAAGGACUCUGAGGCCAUCCGUAGUCAAUAUUCUCACUACUUUGACCUCUCUUUGGUGAAUAAUGGUGUUGAUGAAACUCUUAAGAAAUUGCAAGAAGCCUUUGACCAGGCUUGUAGUUCUCCACAGUGGGUACCUGUCUCCUGGGUUUACUAAGCUUACAGAAUUGGAGAACCUGUUCCAGCCUCUCCCCAGCAUUUGGAAUGCCACCCCUCGCUUAAAUCAAACAGGGCUGCUUCAUCUUCUAGCUAUCUGCAACUAUGCGAAGUAUAUCAGUAGGGCUUAAGUCUUCUCACUCAGGCUACUAAAGGGCUGAAGUUUAAUUUUCCUACUACCUAGAUUUCAAAAUGAUCUCUGGAAAUUGGCAGUGAGUACUAUCCAAUGCAACUGCUGCACAAACAAAGCAACCGUCCUCAUCCCUCUGAUGCCUGAGCUUCUUUUACUCUGGAUUAAGUAUACUCUGAAACUUUCUAAAAUGCCAAAAAUCUAAAGCUGCUCUAGAGAAACCCUCCAAAGCAAUAAAAAAAAUCUCUGCUAUGUUAAGAUGCUGGUGACCUUGUAACUACAUUUCAACGUCUGCACCACAAUCCCCUAAAAAGCCAGGUUUUAUCUUCUUAAACCUACCAGGCAAGAUACUUUUCUGGAUUUAACAUAGAGGUGAGGUUCUUUACAGCAAUGUCCUUGAAAAACCUGCCACUGCUACUACAGGUCUCUAAAGGCUGGUGGUUAUAGAGCAUAAAUUAUCUUCUCUAGUAGAAGCCACUGUGAGCACUUUUAAGCUUCCUAUUAAGUCAUACUAGAAUGAAUGAAAAUAUAUCUUACAGAAACAAAAGCUGAGGGCUAGGGGUGGGACAGACAUUUCAUACCAGCUUAGGCCCAGGUGCCACAAAUGUUUAAAACUUCUGCUGGUAUUCUUGGAUUUGAACACGUUUAAGCAAUUAUUUGUAACACACCCCCCUGUAGUGAUGAGGCAAGUAGGUCUGCUUUUCGUCCGGCCCGGCUAGCUUUACACACGAAAUAACAACACACUGAUGUA